AUGAUUAUCAAGAUGCUCUGUGCUUCAUUUCUAGCAAUGGUCGUCCUCGAGGCAAGCCGCGUACUGGCGGAGACAACGAUUCCACCUAGUGUCCAAGGAUAUUAUUGGGAUUCAGUGUCUUGGUCUGAGGUUCCUUGCUAUGACGGACAAACCUAUUUCAGUUGGAACAGAUACGGACGAUGUUGCACAUCAAGUACCGACGCCGGUUGUACCCUUCCGACAGCUUGCCAUGAUAACUCUGUUUACUUCAUCGGUGUCGGUGGUCUUGGUACUGUGACUAAACCAUUCUCUUGUGCUACCGACUCAACUUGCGUUGCUAUGACUAUCUAUGAGUCUGCUACUACCAACACCCCAGUAGUAGAUUAUUUCUGCUAUCAGAAAGAACAUCCGUGGACUGCAUCAACCAUAUUCCGAACGACCGAACUUGCUACUGCCACACCGAGGACAUCUGUCACGCCAUCAACUGCCACCCCCACAUCUUCUGGUGACGCUGCACAGGAUUCUGAAAGCUCUGGAAGCAAAGCAUGGAUCGCCGGUGCAGUGGUUGGUCCCGUUGCAGCCUGUGCCAUAAUUGCAAGUCUAGCUUCCUGGCUUAUGCGCCGCUCCCGCGCAAGGAGGCAGGAGACUGUAUCAGGGAACGAGGAUAUUCCCUCUCCGCCCAACAUGACUACCAAUACGAGAGGCGCAAAGUUCGGACCCCCCAGCGAGCUUGCUGAUGGUCCGCGUAAGCCAAUUGAACUAGAUGGAGUGAAUCCCAUAUCAGAGCUUCCUGCGCAAGUGCAUCCCGCAAUUGAACCUCAUUAA